CAGGCGCCCACAGCAGUCCAAGCGGCUUACACACUUUCGCGCCUGGAGCCCAGGGGGCGAGGGUCCCAGGUUCUGGGCCAGGAGGACCCAGGGGUCACACACGCCCCCAGCGAGAAAGGCUCGCACUCCGUGGUUCCCUCCGCUUAGAUAGCCCAGGACUGGCGCCCAGGUGUUUUGGAUGUCACCCGCUGGACAGUGAUGGGAGACCGCCGGGUCCCGUUCCAGGUGGGCAAAGGCCGCCCCAAAGUGAAAGCGCUCGGUGAGUCAGCACGCCGCCGAGAGGAGGCCGGGCCUCGAGGCACCGCCCCUGGGUGGGGACCCGAGUCACCGACGGGUCGGCCCCGGCGGAGUCGCCGGCCUCGCGCACUUCCCGGGCUGGGCCGCCUGGACCCCCGAAGACUUGGGGCGGAGGGCCAUGGCCUGCGUGGCCGCAGAGCGGGGACCCGAACCUCCGGCCUUCCAGCGCCGUACAGAAGCCAGCGCGCCGCCCCUGGCCCACGGCUACGGGCUGCGCAGCCUGAGCGAGCUGCGGGACCUGGAGUUCGGCCGCCUGGCAGGGACUGUUUACCUUGACCAUGCAGGAGCCACCUUGUUCCCCCAGAGCCAGCUCACAAACUUCACUAAGGAUCUCAUGGAAAACGUCUAUGGUAAUCCUCACAGCCAGAACAUCACGAGCAAACUCACCCAUGACACUGUGGAGCAGGUCCGCUACAGGAUCCUGACUCACUUUCACGCUACCCCAGAGGACUACACCGUGAUCUUCACGGCGGGAAGCACAGCUGCCCUCAGGCUGGUGGCAGAGGCAUUCCCGUGGGUGUCCCGGGCCGCAGAGAGCGAUGGGAGUCACUUCUGUUACCUAACUGACAACCACACCUCUGUGGUGGGAAUGCGGAAGGUGGCUGCAGCCAUGAAUGUCACAUCUACCCCAGUCAAGCCAGAGGACAUGUGGUCAGCGGUGGAAAAGGGUGCUGGAGCCCGGGACCCCGACUGUCAGAUUCCACACCUCUUCGGUUACCCAGCUCAGAGUAACUUUUCAGGCACCAGAUACCCGCUGUCGUGGAUAGAAGAGGUCAAGUCUGGGAGGAGGAGCCCCGCGAGCGUGCCUGGGAAGUGGUUCGUGCUGCUGGACGCAGCCUCCUACGUCAGCACGUCCCCCUUGGACCUGUCGGCCCACCGGGCUGACUUUGUCCCCAUCUCCUUCUAUAAGAUCUUUGGGCUUCCCACAGGCCUGGGUGCUCUGCUUGUCCAUAGGCGUGUGGCUCCUCUGCUAAGGAAAGGCUACUUCGGAGGAGGGACUGCUGCUGCCUACCUUGCGGGAGAGGACUUUUACAUCCCGAGGGCAUCGGUGGCAGAAAGGUUCGAAGAUGGCACCAUCUCAUUCCUUGACGUAAUAGCGUUGAAACAUGGAUUUGAUGCUCUGGAGCGUCUCACAGGUGGCAUGGAGAACAUACAGCAGCACACCUUCGCGCUGGCACAGUAUACCUACUCUGCCCUGUCUUCCCUCCACUACCCCAAUGGAGCUCCUGUGGUGCGGAUUUACAGCGAUUCCGAGUUCAGCAGCCCUGAUGUCCAGGGUCCAAUCAUCAACUUUAAUGUGCUGGACGAUGAUGGGAAUAUCAUCGGGUACUCCCAGGUAGACAAGAUGGCCAGCCUCUACAACAUCCACCUGAGGACUGGCUGUUUCUGUAACUUGGGGGCCUGCCAGAGGCACCUGGGGCUAAGUGAAGAGAUGGUUAAGAAGAAUUUCCAGGCUGGUCAUGUCUGUGGAGAUGAUGUUGACAUCAUAGACGGCCGUCCCACGGGCUCUGUGAGGAUUUCCUUUGGAUACAUGUCCACACUGGAAGAUGCCCAGGCCUUUCUCAGGUUCAUCAGCGCUAUCCGCCUUUGCUCACCUGGUGGCCAGCCUGUUCCUCAAGCCAGCACCAUUGACACUGGAGCCUUACUCUCAAAGAGUGACUGUCACUCACCUCAGGAAGGUUCCUGCACAGACCCUGCAGUCUGCAGUGACUCCUGCCUUACUGCAAAUAUGGUAGACUUGCGCCUGUCUCCGAGCAAAGCCAGCAGCAUUCAGCAGACCCUUCCAGAGAAAGUUGCAAGUGUCCUGAAUGGGGACCGUGGGCCCCACAUUGUCACCAACAUUUACCUCUACCCCAUCAAAUCCUGUGCUGCGUUUGAGGUGACCAAGUGGCCUGUAAGGAGCCAAGGGCUGCUCUACGACCGGAGCUGGAUGAUUGUGAAUCACAAUGGUGUUUGCCUGAGUCAGAAGCAGGAGCCACGGCUCUGCCUGAUCCUGCCCUUCAUCGACCUGCAGCAGAGGAUCAUGGUCAUCAAAGCCAAAGGGAUGGAGCCAAUAGAAGUGCCUCUUGAGGAAGACAGUGAACAGACUCAGAUUUGCCAAAGCAGAGUGUGUGCAGACAGAGUAAACACUUACGAUUGUGGAGAAAAUGUUUCAAGAUGGCUGUCAAGGUUUUUUGGCCGUCCAUGUCAUUUAAUCAAGCAAAGCCCACACUUCCAGCGAAAUGCAAGGAAGUUGCCUGGAAAAGGUAUUACACGGGGAUGGAGUAUUAAAGGGCUGGAGCCCUGGUUUCUCUGCAUGCGUCACAUCCAGCCCAAAAGUGGAGUCGGGGGCAACUGGCUCCUGACUUCAUCUU